AUGGAAGACUUGGGUGAAGCAGUAAAUCAGCCCCAAGACGUAAAACUAGAAAUCGUUUCCGAGGAAGUGAUUACUAGAGAGCGGAUAAUUGUGGGAGAUGAUAAUACCACAGCUACUACAGAAAGUGAAUCAGACACCGAGACUGGCUCAACACCAGAUCUUUCAACAACGGUAGUUUUAAGAAACAAAGCAAACUCCAUCUGGUCUAUAUUAGAAACUUCUGCAAUUAAUCUGUUUUUACCAUUCAUCAAUGGCUUGAUGCUAGGAUUUGGAGAGAUCUUUGCCCAUGAGCUAGGAUUCAGAUGGGGUUGGUCUGGAGCUAGGGUAAGUUCUACCCUAUAG